AUGACAAUACCACGACUGGAGUUGAUUGGUGCAUUGCUCCUUGCAUCAUGGUUGGCCUGGCUCAUUCGCAUUCUAGAGUUCCAGUUGGGAAUUUCUGAUGUAUUUGCGUGGUCUGACUCGCCCAUCGUGUUAUCGUGGUUGAACAUCCCGCACUUAGAAUUGGGGGAGCUGCCGGAAGUAAGACCAGUGUGUUUACUGACUUGUGAAGAUCCUCCAGUCGAAUGGUUUAUUCGGUUCUCCUCCUUUCACCAGAUGAUUCGCGUACUAGCUCAGGUACGUCGGUUCAUCCGGUUGUGUCAAAGGAGAAAGGUCGAGCUAGGUUUUCUCAAACAAGCUGAAUUGGAUGAAGCUACGCUCGUGAUCGUUAGGAGUGCUCAGAAUUGUUAUUUGAGCCAGCUAGUAGACGGCCUGCGUCGGGGGAGCCCGGUCCAGUCCAAGGCGCUAGCUCGUCUGUGCCCGUUCUUGGAUUCAGAUGGUAUAAUCCGCGUUGGCGGACGGAUGCAAAACUCCAAUUGGUCGGAGAAGCGAAAGCAUCCUAUGUUAGUUCCGAAAGAGUCUCAUUUAGCCAUUCUGAUCACACGACAUUGGCAUCUCUACGCGUGUCACGCUCGACCGCGUUUGCUCAUCGCUCUCGUACAACAACGAUUUUGGGUCAUUGGCAUUCGCCUGAUAGUUCAUCGGGUGAUCCGAAAAUGCGUGUUAUGCGCAAAAAUGUCGGCUGAUCAUCCACAACCCAUUAUGGCUGCUCUGCCAGGGUUCCGGGUCCGGGAAGCCCACCCGUUUUCAAUAGUCGGCAUAGAUUACGCAGGGCCCUUGCAAAUGAAGGAGCUCAGUCUGCGGAAGGCGCGCAUCGUUAAGGUUUACAUCGCUGUUUUUGUUUGUAUGACCACCAAAGCGGUGCAUCUAGAACCAGUGUCUGCCCUCUCGACGGAAGCUUUCUUGUUAACCCUGGAUAGAUUCGUAGGUCGCCGUGGCUUACCGUCGGCCAUCUAUUCGGAUUGUGGCACCAAUUUCGUUGGUGCGGCGAGGCAGCUGCGUCAAUUGGUCAAUAGUCCGGACAGUAGAGAUCAGUUCUCAGGUCAUAUUGCGUGUGAAUGGCACUUCAACCCUCCUGGUGCUCCCCAUUUUGGAGGAAUUUGGGAAGCCGCCGUUAAGUCGGCGAAGUCAUUGCUUGUUCGAGCAAUGAAUUCCCAAAUUUGGACUCUAGAAGAGUUUUCAACGGUGUUGUGUAGGGUAGAGGCUGCUCUGAACUCGCGUCCCCUAAUACCAGCAUCACCCGACCCAAAUGAUCUGGAAUGUUUAACGCCCGGUCAUUUUUUAAUUGGUCGCCCUUUGUUGUCAAUCCCAGAACCUGUUAGUACUAGCGCACAAGUGGGACUGCGGACUCGCUGGAAGCUCCUCCAGCAGUCCUUCCAAUUCUUUUGGCGACGUUGGUCUCGGGAGUAUUUGAACACCCUCCAAGCUCGUGGUAGGUGGACGAAGACUGAUAUCAAUCUCGAAGUUGGUACUAUGGUCAUCGUCAAGGUUAAUGAUGCGCCUCCGCUAUCGUGGCCAUUAGGAAGAAUCAUUGAGGUGUAUCCAGGAACCGACAAGGUGGUACGGGUAGCUAAGGUUAUUACUAAACAGGGGGUGUUCACCAGACCAGUGGUUAAACUAGUACCUCUCCCCACAGAUCCGUAG